AUGGCCACUCGGGUCUGCCCAUCGUCGUGCAGGCAACCCAGAAAUGAGACAUUUCUCUCCUCAAGCACAGUGUCAGAUGCACGGGUGUAUUGCAAAGUUCUGGCGGGGAUAUUCCACUGUCUGAAACCAGUCGAAAACAUACAAUGGCACGGUCUGGUGGGUCGCCCUCAAGCCUUCAUCAAUCAGAUUUGUCCGGAGAUGGAACAUCUUUCGAGAAUCUGGAUUUUCCAAGAUCCCAAUGUGCCCAGCCAGCAACAGAUGGGCAAUUGCAAGAUAAGCAAUGAUCAGACACCAACAUAUAAGCUGGUGGGCUCUGAUGAUAUCAACAGCAAGACACUAUCACACGGAGUAUGCUGCUCCAACUUGUUCGCCCAAGCUGUGAUGUACACCGACCAUUCGAUCCGGAAACGGGACACAGUCACAAGGCGUCCGAAGACAAUGCUUACCUCAAAGGGAAGGGAAUGA